AUGCCUUACCCUCAGCAAGGGUCGGUACUUCCCCAGCAAAUACCACCGAGCAUCGACGAACUGUACAUGGAGCGUGAUUUCUACAUAGGACUUGGGCUGGCCCUUUCCAGCAGCAUUUUCAUUGGAUCUAGCUUUAUCAUCAAGAAAAUUGGUCUCCUGCGGCUGUCUCGGGUCGGAUCGGUCCGUGCCAGUGCCGGUGGGUUUGGCUACCUGCGCGACUGGAUCUGGUGGGCUGGCCUUAUCUGCAUGGGCGUUGGAGAGGCGGCCAACUUUGCAGCUUAUGCUUUCGCGCCGGCUUCACUCGUUACGCCGCUCGGGGCACUCAGCGUGAUUGUGGCCGCCGUCAUGGCGUCCAGGUUUCUCAAGGAACGAUUGAACCUGCUCGGCAAGCUUGGCUGCUUUCUGUGCAUUGUAGGAUCGACGAUCAUCGUCAUACAUUCACCGAAAGAGGGUGAAGUGGAGGAUCUUAACCUUCUGAUGGAUAUGCUGCGAGAUACAACCUUUAUUACGUACGUUGUGCUGAUUCUUGCCCUGUCACUCUUCAUCGCAUGCUGUGUUGGACCGCGGUAUGGUCACAAGCACGUUGCCGUGUACAUUUUGCUUUGUUCGGCUAUCGGCAGCCUUACGGUUAUGUCCUGCAAAGCGCUCGGACUCGCCCUGCGCGAUACCCUCUCCGGCAAGUCGAACGAUUUCGGCAUGUGGCUUCCAUACUUCCUCAUCAUUGUGACGGUUGUGUUUGUGGGCAUACAGGUGAAUUACCUCAACAAAGCGCUGGACAUAUUCAACACAAGCAUCGUGACACCGAUCUACUACGUCAUCUUUACGACGCUGGUUAUUACGGCGUCGGCGAUUCUCUUUAAGGAAUGGCGCCAUAUGCGUGCCGAAGACAUUAUCGGCGAUUUGUGCGGAUUUUUCGUCGUGAUCGUCGCAGUGAUACUGCUGAAUGCGUUCCGCGAGAUGGACAUUAGCUUGAGCGAUGUGAAAGGUAUCAUGCGACCGAAACGGGAACUGUUGCACUCAUCACACAAGGGUGCUCAGUACGAGGACUAUCUGAACGACAACGAAGAGCGAGGCCCGCUGAAGCCACAGUACGGUACGAACUAUCUGAAUGCGUAA